UUGGUAUCUUCCCAUGCCCUUUCCUGGGGUCGCAAAGGGCAAACAGCUCAGCAGCCCCAUCCGCCUGGCGAGGGUCCCGGGGGCCUUGCAGUGGUGGAGGCUGCAGGAGGCCCGUGGGCCCAGCCCGGGGUGCACAGGCCUCCCCCAGGAUCUUCCUCGGUCCCAGCAGCUCUGGCAGCUCUGCCUGCCCUCAGCAGGCCCCCCACCAGGCCUGCAGCCUCACCUUCAGGUCCUGACCCAGCCCAGGAGCAACACUGGGCCCUGUCUCUUCCUGUCUGCCUCAUCUACUGCAGUAGAUGAAGAUCUGGGGGAGGGGGGGCACCCUCUCCCCAAUUUCUGGGAUUCCUUUCAGGUGGCCCUAGAGGCCACCCUGCGAGGAUGGUCAGGAAGAAUGGGCACAGCCCAGGAGGAAGGCAGGUGGCCUGGCCGUCUGGGACCCGCAGGCCAGGCCUCCUUUCAUCCAGAGCCCGGACUCGGGUCCCGAGCUGCGGCGUGUGCCUGCCCCUCGCUCUCGCCGGGGUGGUGGUCUCAUGAGCAGGCAGUGUUUUUACCCAGUGACGUCGUUUAUGCUGACAGAUGCCGGAGGGGCCGCUCGCGGAGGGUGGGGCAGCGGGAGGCCUGUGCUGUGUGUCCCCUGCACCAGCCUCACUUGGAGCAAGACUGCGCCACCCCUGCCCCGAGGCGGGACUCGCCAGAUGCUGAGAAGGCGCUUAUUCUCGCUAAGUGCUGUUUUGGCACCGCUGUUAAUUGCAAUUUCUAUUCUGCAGCAUUUGACGAGGGAAAGGAACCCCCCCUAAUGGCCCCCGAUCGGCAGGGCUGGGCUGUUAAGCAGCGGACCAUAUGCUGCCUGGUCAGCUCCGGCGUGUGUGCGUGCAUGUCUGCGUACACCUGUACUGUAGUCCACAGUGACGUGUGCAUGGCGUGUGCGUGCAUGUGUGCACACUCGUGUGCAGGGUAUGUGUGUGUGUAAGAACCCGAUGGGGUGGGAGGAGAGGGAUGGAGGAAGGCGGGUCUGGCAUUUAUGCCUUUGUUAAAGGGAGACCCACCCCAAGGCCACCUCCUGCCACAGGCCUGCAGGUGCUCCUGAGGCAGCUGGAGCCUGAGGGACACAGAGACCCGCCCCUCUCUGUUCUGGGGCUUUCUCCUCUUCACCUGUCAGUGUCCCAGCCCCAGGAGGCCGACUGCGGACACCCCCUUUCAUACAGCGGGGUUCUCUCCCCGCCUCUCAGCUGCCCUCCCGAGGGCAGGAGGAGCAGGCCCAGGGCCUCUGGUCCAGGCCUCGGAGGGUCAGUGGGCGCCCUGGCUGGGGAGGCGCAGCUCGGCGGCUGGACGCCAGGCCCACACCCCCUUAAUCACGAGGGGACAGAGAGGGACCUGGGCUGAAAGGGGAGGAGCGGGCCCCGGGGCCUGAACCAGUGCAUUGGCCCUGAUCGUCCCACGUCCUGGAGUCCAGGCCUGGAGGCCCCGCCCUGAUGGCCCCCUCGGGGCCUCAUGGUGCUGGGGCAGCGCAGCCUCCUGCUGCCCUGGCCUCACUACUGGCUCCGUUAGGAUUUGAGAUUUGCGGAGACCUUGUAAGGAAGGAAGUUACUGGCUGAGGGAGCCUGGCCGUUGGCAGGGUUUCAGCCUAAACAGUGAGGCGAGGGAGCCGUGGGUGGGGUGUGAGCACCCACAGUUCUCAUGGCCUCGCCCGAGUCCUGCAGGGAAGGGACAGGACUGUGAGGGAGGGCCCGGCCCCUCCGAUGGCCACCGUCCCAUUUGCAUUGGGAUGCAGGAUUCUAACUAGUAGUGUCAGUCCACUGGGCACGAUGAACAAAUAACCCACAGACAUUUAAAAACAAAACUGUGGGUCUGACACAGACCACAGUGUCAUCGAAACGAUCCACUUUCCAACGCUCUUUCUAAAGCUCUCAAGUGUGGGGCUUGGUGACAGUCACAGGGCAGCGCCCCUGUGGCGCUCCCCCCGGCCCCGUGGACCUGGGGACACGGUGGCCAUGGGCUGCUCGCCUGCCAUGCUUGGUCACGGAGCUGAGGCCAGGGUCUGGCCAGUGGGUCAGAGGGAGGGAUGCUGCUGUGCUGACCCUGCCACGUCUUUAAUGGGGAGCCGAGGCCCCUGCUGUGCUCACCUGCGGCCGGGUGCAUCCGCACAGGUGGGUGCUUGUUGCACAGGUGGGUGUGCACGCAACAUGUGACGCCCUGCAGGCCUCGGGCAUUGCCAGCCCUGGCACCAGCCGUACCUCCGACCACUGCCCAUCAGAGUGUGACUCUGACCAGAAACAGUUGAGCCUAAGGGGCUGGGUUAGCCACGGGGGUCCCACAGUUUGUGUGUGACCAGGUGCUAAAUGACUAUGUGUCACCUGCCUUUCGAUGCCAGACCGUGUCCUCUGGUGAUGCUGCUCCUGAGUUUGUGUUUAAACUACAUUUUGUUACUUUCAUGUACAUUUGUGGCAUGUGGAGUCUCAAAUAAAGUGGACUUGGUUUUGAGAA